AUGUUCAAGUCGUCUCUGCGCGCGGCUUUGUCCAUUGGCGUGGCCGUGGCCGUCGCGCUCUUCAUGCCGACGAAGGGAACCAUUGCUUCGCCGGCACCUGUCAGCACUAACGAAACGUUCAGGCCGGAUCCCAUCAUUUAUUCACGAGACAGCCCUAAUUUCGUCUCCAUCUCCGACCUCAAUUCUUUCAAACUCAUAUCCGACUGGACCGAGGUGCUCGUCGCACGAAACGAAUCUACUGAUUCCGCCUCGCCCGCCUGCGCAACGCACUCGCGCAAGUGGACUGAAAGACAGCGCACUCGCGGAGGAAACUGGUGGAAUCAGUGGACCCAAAUCACUUCCUGCCUAUACUGCGGCCAAAAUUCCGGGAGCCAAGGCUACAGCGCGUCGCGGACCGUUGGUUGGUCAAUCUCUUUUGGUGCUUCAAUGUCCUACGGUGACGUCAAGUCUGUCCUGCCCAACCCGUCCUUCGGCUUCUCCUAUACCGACACCUCUACGUACGGUCAAUCUUCAAGCUGCAACUGCCAGAACAGUAUCGCACCAAAACGCGAACAGCCUGGGAGUAUUGCACGUGCGACGGAUGUGACGACUCUUCCGGAGACUGGAGCGAUGUAA